AACAGCGACAGUCAAGGCGAAAUGAGGAGCUACUUUUAAUGUGAAUUUCUUAUCUAUAGUGUGUUUACAAAGUAUCCAAGAGUAAAGAUAAUAAAUGAAGCACGUGUUGUACAAUGUAUUCCUGACAAUGUUUGUUUCUUAAUUUUGAAGAAACACAACUACUCCCGUGAUUUCGACUGGAUAUUGCUACAAUGGAAGACUUCUCUGGUUUGGCCCUCCCGCCUCUAUUUGGGGGUCACAUCCUAGAAGCAGAACUAGAGCCAAGCGGUGUGGAGCUGGGACCUGGGGAGGUGGAAUUGGGCCCGGGGGGCAGUGAACUGCUGGAGAGCGCAGCCCCAGAGGACGAAGAGAGAAGAGUUCUUGAUAAGAGGAAAUAUCUGGCGUUGAACAGGCGAUGCAAAGAAAUUGAACAGGUGAAUCACAAGAUCCUCGGCCGCCUUCACCAAGUCCAAAGACUGACACGACGUUUGAAGAAAGAGAGGCGGUUCCUCAUGAAGACCCUGGAUGCUCACGGAGACAACUACAGGAAUGCUCAGCUCACCAUGCUGCUGGAGGAUGAGCCGGGAGUGCCUUUGGACGUCACUGCCGGAGCCAUGGAUGAACGGAUGAAUGGUGUGUCCGGCUCUGCCUCUUCUCUCACUUUUCACCAUUCUUCAGGGCCCAAGAGGAGAAAACACGUGACACCGAAGCAAGAGAAGGACAAAGAUCCACAAAAUGAAGCAGACAUGUCAGCGCUGUCGGACGCGCAGUUUGGAGAAAUGCCCAGCCCAACCUCACUAUCACAUUGACAACUGUAUAUACACAGAAAUUAAUAUCAUAAACCUUAGAAACCACACCAUGUGAACGGAUUCACAGUAAAAUUAGUUAGUGAACAGGUACUGUAUUGUCCCAGACAGAUAUUUUGCGUUGUAUAAUGACAUCCUAUAAUAAUGAUAAUAAGUCAUGUUUUUUUCCCCAACUCUUUUUGCAUUACAUUUCUUUAUAUUGUUAUUUACAGAUUUGUUUCGAUGUUCUGA